GCCACACUUUCGGCGGAGGGUUGCUUCGUUGCUAUCUUCACCCUUGUGCGCACUUCCAUAUUUAUUGACCAGCUGGCACCUUUGAAUACACUUCUGCUCGCUAUAAGAGAUGAGCAGGGAUGGCAACAGCGAGGCUGAACAACAACAGCAGCAGCACUCCUCCAUUGAUUGGAGCUCGUUGAGACACAGGAGCCUUCAGCCCGGAGGUUUCGGAGAGGAGCGCACACAGAUAUGGCCUCAGCUACUGCAUGUGAGCGCGACUCGGUCCCGCUCCAGCUCUGCCUCUUCUUCAAGGUCUCGUGAUCCUAGCGAGGGGACUACGGCUGAGGGAGAGGACCAGAAUACUACCUCAGAAGUAGUUCAUCAAGAUGAGCGUCAGAUUGGAUUGGAUACCGAUCGAAGUUUUGUUCUGUAUCCAGUAGAAGAGAUGACACGUAGAGAACGUCGUCAAACACAGCUGCAUGACCUAAUUGUCAAGGUCUUCCGGAAGAGACAGCGCUUGCACUACUUCCAGGGAUAUCACGAUAUUGUCUCCGUGAUAUAUCUUACACUUCCGGUGGACGUGCAAGUUCCUGCGGUGGAGAAGCUCAGCCUUCAUAUACUUCGAGACUCGAUGGGCACCAGCCUUGAGCCUGUCGUUGGCCUGCUGCGAGUAUUGAAACGGCUACUCGAAUUGAUCGACGCAGACUUCUCCGUACUGCUCGAAAGGACGUCGCCGCUACCAUAUUAUGCAUUAUCCAAUCUAUUGACUCUGCUGUCUCAUGAUAUCCCCACACUCCCGCAGAUACAGCACGUUUUUGACUAUUUAUUGUGCAGACAUCCAAUUCAUAUUGUCUACCUUGUUGCUGCUCUCAUCCUCGCGCGAAGAGAAGAGGUUCGAAGACUGGAAGUGGAUGGCGAAGAAGGCAUGGUCCAUUCAGUCCUCAGCAGCCUUCCUGAGCUAUAUGAGGAGGCCGAAGUCGCACCCACUGUCGAAGAAGCGAUCACAUUUCAGACGCAGUCGACUGGAAUUACACAUUCAGUCUCGGACACCGCCCCGGCAGAUGCUCCGAACCAUGAUCGGCCUGUGGAGACAAAUGGGACCGAGGAAGUUUUGUCCGAACGAUACCCCGUCGCGGAAGUUGAUAUCCCAGAACAUACCCCCUUCGGUAGCGAAGCGGAAGAUAGUACUGCUUUCGACAGUUCUUCAUCAGCUUCCUCGCUUACUCUUGAUGAAGAAGAUCGGCAACCUGCAGACACCCCUGCAGACAUCGUUGAUGGAGCCACUACUGCUACCGAUUCUCGGAAGUAUCCUCCUCCGCAUGUUCAUUCCCCCUCAUCCUCCCUUCAUACCCCUCCUCGUCCUCGCGUGUCGAUUACCUCCUUGCUGAUGCACGCCGAUGAAUUGUAUGCACAAUACCCACCAUCCCAUCCGUCCGUCUCCCUCUCGUCCAUCAUGGGCCCCCAGAGCGUGAUGCACACAUGGUCUGAGAACCCCGCGGACUUGCCCGACGACGAUGAAGCGGAACUAAUGGUUGACAAACUCGAGCUAGUCGUCCUACCGUACAUUGAGCCUGAAGACGAGGUGCCAUCUGACGAGGAAUACGUGGCCGAGCGCAAGAAGGAAGCGGAGCGCAGGAAGCGACGGAAGCUCCGCAAGCCGCGGCGGCUUGUCACACAGCGCAAGGCUAUGGUCGCGGGCGCAGUGCUCGUUAUGGGUAUCGCUAUGGCGGUGUACGGCAUGCAGGCCGGCGGGCCAGGGGGCGUGUUCCGAGGGAUGGCAGACACUCAACACCAUGGACACACGUUGAGCAAGGAGUGGAAGCGCUUAAAUCGGUUUGUGGGAGGGGUGCUUCUGGGGGUUGGGGAGCGAAUAGUGGACGGGAUAUGGCAUUGA